GAUUAACGGCGCGCGUGCACGAUCCGCACGGACAGAGGGCGUGUUUGCAAACGCGAAUGCGCUCACGAGCGCGAGUGUGCGGACGCGAAAGGGAUGAGGGCGUGAGUGUUUAUAUGCAUGUGGAUGAGAGUGACGAAGGAUGGAUGGAUGGAUGAAAGGAUGGAUGAAUGGCUGGAUGGAGGAAUCUGCAGUCUGUCGGGCUCGAGGCAGCGUGCUCGUGCAGAAAUGUUGCGGGGGGGCACAGCGGUCCAGGUUCAUGGGUAAAACGCCCUCCUCCUGAUUGUCUCCUCCCCUCCUCCUCUUCCUUCUGACCUUCAGUAUGAUCAGAGGUCACAUUCUAAAAGACGGGUCAUGGAGGUGUCGUCUCACAGCCUCUUCCUGCUGCAGCAGCUCAACGUGCAAAGAGAGUUUGGCUUUCUUUGUGACUGUACCGUUGCCAUCGGAAACGUCUACUUCAAAGCUCAUCGAGCUGUGCUGGCCGCCUUUUCCAACUACUUCAAAAUGAUCUUCAUCCAUCAGUCCAGUGAGUGCAUAAAGAUUCAACCCACCGACAUCCAGCCGGACGUUUUCAGCUAUCUCCUACACAUCAUGUACACAGGCAUGUGUCCCAAACAGCCUGUAGACCAGAGCCGGCUCCAAGAGGGCAUCAAGUUCCUCCACGCCUACCAGCUGUGCCGGAAACCCGGUGAGGCCACCGCAGAUGCUGCUGCAGAUGCAGUCCGCAUGUCAAAUCUGUACGGCAUCCAGAUAUCCUCCCAGCUAGCCAACAAGGGGGUGCCAGGAGUUCCCAAGGCAACGACGGUGUCCCGCGGCACCCCUGAGGAUGGAAGUUCCAUGGACCGUGGGGUAAGGUCCCAUUCGCAGCUGUCGCUCGCCGUUGGACUGGAAGGGGUUCAUUCUGACCCGCAGGCGCUGCGGAACAUCUGCUCCGUGGCUUCUGGAGACGACUCGGACAUCUCGGCUCGCAUCAAGCAGGAAUGUGUGGAGGAGGAAGACGGCGAGGGAAGAGAAGGUACUGUUGUGGGUUCUCCGGGUCAAGGGUGUAGUCCAAGCCAGGGGCCCCUCGCUGAACCCAAAGAGCACGCACUCGUCUUGCUAUGUCCUCGAUGUGGGGAGCGCUGUUCAUCCCCAGAAGGCCUGCAGGAGCAUCUGUUUAGCCAUGCCCUCAACCCCGCCCGUCUAAUAGAGGGGCUUUCACAGGGUGGAGAGCUGGACGCUGGUGUGGAGGAAGGUCCUCCUGGGGCCCAGGAGCAGCUGGAUGCAGGGUGUCUGGAGGAGGCGCUCAGGCAAAGCCAGGCACUCGCCAACCAACUGGCAGCGGAGUUGAGAAGGAGCCGGGGGGGAGGAGGUAGUAACAGCCCCGCCCCCACCACUCUGCACUCACGUAAACGGAAGAUUGCCUGCGCCGUCUGCAGCUUGCGCUUCACCCACAAGAGCCAGCUGCAGGAGCACAUGUACACCCACACCGGCAAGCCCGGACGUUACCACCGCUACGGCCGCCUCUGCAGCCAGCUGUUCCAGAGCUCCACCCACUUCUGUGAGGGUGGGACAGACGCGGGGGGAGCCUCGGCACUCUCUGAGGACGCCAACAGGGAUGCUCAGGACAACGGCAGCUCCUGCUACUCACUGGACUCGGAGGUCUCCCAGGAGAGCGUGGAUGGCGUUCCUGUUGAGUGAUGGCGCCCAACGGUGACAAGACUGUUUGGAUGUUUGUUUUCUAAUGGCUCUGUACCUGUGCAGGUGUGUGAUGUGAGUCAAUCAUGUGGUCAUGGUGUUGGUUGGACUCUGAAGAGCCUCGAGGAUUGGCGGAGUGGGUCUAGGUCGUGUUUUGCGCUUCUGGACCAUCAAUCUUAAAUGGGAAAACACCAUCAGACUCUCUGAUUCUUUGGUUUUCAUUAACGUGUGGGAACAGGAAGUGGCACACACGUUGUGAUUCCGCACUAGUGGUUAUGUGGAGGACAAAGGCGAGCCGUUGGACUUCGGUGCCGUCAGACGCAGUAGUGCCUUGGCGUUGCGUCUGACAGUCGUUCUCCUUUAGAGCUUCUUGACAAUCCGCAGCUCUGUCUGCCAGCAAUUCCUUUCAGAUGCAGUUUAAACUGAGACAAAAAUCGACAAAUGUCGGCUUUCUGCUUCAUUUCAGAUUUACAGAAUCAUCCUCGCCCAUCAUGAGCUUCAAGCACCGACCUGAAAAAAAACACAUUUUAGAAUUAUUUUUUUUUGUCUCUAUACGACCAACUUUUUUUAAGCAAGAGAACUCAAAAGGCGAAUAAAAGACAAAGCUUUUUUUUAACAGAUCAAAGUGAGAAAUGACGUGUUUUCGUUGGGAUUAAGGGAGAUAAGACUGAGCAGAAAAUGUCAAACAGUGUUUCCUGAUGGAGGCAGGAACAGAUGAAGGAAAGUUCCUCACCUCAAAAAGAAGAUGAACCGCUCUUUUCAUGGCUCAUUCAUCGUUUUCUCUGUUAGCUUUACAUACACGGUUGAGUAAAAAAAGGAAUAAGUAAACAUGUGUGAUGUCCUUUCAAAAUAAGAGUUUUUUUUUUAGAGAAACAGAGAAGUUUACUGUGACUAUUUUGUUCCUCUUUAGUCGUUUUAUUUCUGUGUAUUUUCCUUUAUUUGUUCUCAGUCUUUCUCAUUUCCUGUUAUUUUGUUUUAAUUCCAAUUUUCCUUUUUUCGUUCUGUUGUUUUUGAGUUUGUAGUCCAUAUUUUCUCACAUAUUUUUCAUAUCCUGUCUUCGUUUACUCCUCUCUUUCUUCCUCUUUUUUUUUUCUUUCAUAUCUCGGGAAGCUUUCAAAUUUGCUAUAUGAGAAAUGUUUACAUUACUGGAGAAAUAUGUUAUAUUUUUACCAUAAUAUUUUUGUGAAAUUCUUUUUCUCUUAAGUAUUUAUUUAUUUAUUUGUUUUUAUUUUUAGUUUGAUGACUUGUCAUCCCGCAUUAGUCUGAGGAGGGUGAAAUGAUUGACUUAUCAACGGAAAAAGUGUACUUUAUACCAACAAAUGUCAAAUUCCUGGAAACACAUGAUCAGCAUUUACUGAGAGGAUUUCCAGCUGAAGGUCCAUCGAUUACUGAUCGCUGAGCGAGUGAAUGUUUUGAUCGUCUGUGUUUUUGCUGUAAAAAAAAAAGAUUUUUUUGUAUAUAGUUGUUUAUUGUUGAUGGAAGUUUCACUUUUUGUAAAUAAAUGUCUUUUUCCACCAGA